AUGUCGUCGCGAACGUGUAAAUAUGAUGCUGAUGCAGUUUGUUAUAUAUAUGGUCAAUUUCGAGACGUAAAAUACGAACUAAAGACAUCUUACGUUCUAUGUGAAGCCUACGAAGCAUAUUUUGACUGUCCUGUUCGGCAUCAAGACAAGCCAUGGGCUCCACAUGUUGCUUUUAGUUAUUGUGAAAGAUGUUUGGAAGUAAAUAUGCAACCUAUCGAAUAUCCUGAACUUGAAUCUUCUUCUGGUCCAAUUGCACACGACCUGACACGACCAGUACCUGAGCCAACAAAAAAAUUAUCGCAGAAAAGUAGCUUAUCUCUUAGUUCUAGUAAAAGUAAUUCCGAUAGGGAGUUUUUACCUACACUAAAACAACCAAAAUACCAUCUUAUUACUACAGAAGAUUUUAACGACUUGGUAAGAGAUUUAAAUUUGCCAAAAAAUAAAGCAGAGCUUUUAGGCUCUCGCUUAAAACAGUGGACUGGGCAUGAAACAUUCUUAACGUUUUUCACAAAAGAAGAUGGACUUUGUUUUUGCAAUGACAUAAAAGGGAUGGUCGAAGAAUUUGGCAUACCCUAG